AUGCCUGGGAAGCCAUCAGAGGAGAAACAGGUGGAGAUGGGGGCUGUGGAGAACGGCUCUGAGGAGGACCUGGGGGGCCUCACGGCAGAGGAGCUGCGGCAGGGCCAGGAAGCGGCCCUGGCGCUGGAGGACAUGAUGGCGCUGAGCGCCCAGACCCUGGUCCAGGCCGAGGUGGACGAGCUCUACCAGCACGUGCGUCCCCUGGGCCAGGGCCGCUUUGGCCGGGUCCUGCUGGUCACCCACCGUCAGAAAGGCACAGCCUUGGCCCUGAAGCAGCUCCCAAAGGCCUCCACCACCCUCCGAGGCUUCCUGUACGAGUUCUGUGUGGGCCUCUCCCUGGGCUCGCACUCGGCCAUCGUGGAGGCCUACGGCAUUGGCGUGGAGUCAGUCGACUCCUACAGCUUCCUGACCGAGCCUGUCCUGCACGGGGACCUCAUAGCCUUCAUCCAGCCCAAGGUGGGCCUCCUGCAGCCAGCAGCCCAGCGCUGCGCGGCCCAGCUGGCCUCAGCCCUGGAGCACAUCCACUCCCGCGGCCUGGUGUACCGGGACCUCAAGCCGGAGAACGUGCUGGUGUGCGACCCAGCCUGCCGGUGGGUCAAGCUGACCGACUUCGGCCACACGCGGCCCCGCGGGACCCUGCUGCGCCUGGUGGGGCCGCCCAUCCCCUACACGGCCCCGGAGCUCUGCGGACCCCCGCCCCUCCCCGAGGGCCUGCCCAUCCAGCCCGCCCUGGACGCCUGGGCGCUGGGCGUCCUGCUCUUCUGCCUUCUCACGGGCUACUUCCCCUGGGACCAGCCCCUGGUGGAGGCCGACCCCUACUACGAGGACUACGUCACCUGGCAGGCCUCAGGCCAGCCCCAGGCCCGUCCCCAGCCCUGGCGUGGCCUGACGCCUGUGGCCGACGCUCUCCUGUGGGGGCUGCUGGACCCUCACCCCCGAAGGAGGAGCCCCGUGAGCUCCAUCCGGGACUACCUGGGGCGGCCCUGGAGGCAGCGGGAGGGGGAGGCUGAGGAGGUGCCCCAGUGGGACAAGGGGGACCCAGAGUGA